AUGGAAAAAGAAAAAACGAGGGAAGAUGAAGUAAUUGAAGCAAAUAAAAAAGCAAACGAAGAAAUUGAAACUGAAGCAAUUGAUGAAAAUGCUAGUACUAGUGAUGUACAAGAAACUUCAUCACCAACACCAAAGAACAUAGGUAAUAAAGAAUCAAUUAAAGAUGAUCCUGUAAAUAACAAAUCAUCAUCAUCAACAACAACAAAUAUUUCCAACAAUUUAAACAUUUCGAAAGAACCAAAGGUAGAAACUAAAGGAAUGAAAAUUAAAAAUCCUUUUGUACAUAUUAAACCUAAAGUUGCUUAUCUUGUAUAUUGGGAAAAUCCUAUACAUUCUGGCACAGCCUUAGCAAUUGGAUUAUCAAUUCUCAUUUUUACAUCAUGUUAUUCUUUGUUCGAUACAUUUUGUUUUCUUUUUGUCUCUUUGGUAGGAUUGAAUACGAUUUAUGUGGCUGGAAAAAAACAAUUAAACGCAAUACUUAAUCAAGAACCCAUUAAUCCAUAUAAUGCACAGGUGAAUAAAUAUAUUGAUGAAGUAAUUUGUGGAAUUAACUUCAUUUCGGUGGAAACUCAAAAGAUUGUUUUAGUGGAUGAUGCGUUGAGAUCAGCCAAGUUUGCAUCUCUGGUCUAUUUCGUAUGGCGGCUUUCUUCUUGGUUUAGUUUACAUACGAUUUUAGGAAUUGCACUUGUUCUUGGGUUUGCAAUACCUAAACUUUACUUACAAAACAAAGCUUUAGUUGAUGAAAAAUUAGAUCAAGCAAACAAAUUAACUUCUGUCUAUUAUGAACGAACUUAUACUAUUUCUCAAAAGAAAGUAACACCACCAUCAGUAACAAAUACAACACAAAAAAUAAGUCUUUGUAAUCCUUUAACUUAUGAAGAUGAUGACAAAACUCCACAGGGAGAUAGAUGUGCAAAUGGGACGUAUAUUUGUCAGAUUAUAACUAAUAUCAAAGAUAAAGAUGAAAGAAUUAUAGAAGUUCAAUCUAUUGCAGGAGAAUUUGAAGAAAGGAAACUAGAUCCAAAAUAUUAUUUAGAACCAUCACAAAACAAAGAAGAUCUACAUGGUUUAUUGAAAAUAACUUUACAUGGUGGAAUUGUACAAGAAGAGCAACAACAAGCUAAUAUUACAUUUGUUUGUGAUAAAGAAAAUAAAGAAGUGGAAAACCCGAUUACCUUUAAAGGUUAUAAAGAUAAUGUAUUAUCUUUAGAAUGGACAACACAUUCAGCAUGCGGGUAA